AUGGCCCGUUGCAAGAGUGACGCGCGCCGUGGUGGCCCGUGGCGCGGAGCCUGCGUCAAUCCCUUCUCUCGUCUUGUCGCUCAGCGCUCAGCCUCCGGACGCCCCGAAGACUCCGGCACACACAUCGAGCGCUGGCCCGGACGGACCGAUAUAAACCGCUCAGAGAACAUUGCGCGCUCUCCUCGUCGUCCAUUAUCCGCGUCACUUCAAGUGUUGCUAGACUACUUACCCACUCGCAAGACAGUCAACUCUUCAGCACACGCAUACCUCACUCUGAACCAAGUUCGCACAAUGGCCGCUUCCGCGUCGACCCGCAAGCCCGUUCUCAGCCUCGAGUCCAUCAACCCCGCCGUCCUCGACGUGCACUACGCCGUCCGCGGCGAGCUCGCCCUCAAGGCCGUCGCCUACGAGGAGCAGCUUCACGACCCCGUCAAGGCCAAGGAGCUCCCCUUUGACAAGGUCGUCACUGCCAACAUUGGCAACCCCCAGCAGAAGGGCCUCAACCAGCGCCCCAUCACCUUCUGGCGCCAGGUCAUCUCGCUCCUUGAGAACCCCGCCCUCUUCCAGGACCACCUCGACGUCAUCUCCAAGAUCUACCCCGCCGAUGUCAUUGCCCGCGCGAAGACUCUGUAUGGAGAGAUUGGCUCGGUCGGUGCCUACACCCACUCGAAGGGUAUCCCCGCGAUCCGCAAGAAGGUUGCCGCGUUCAUUGAGAAGCGUGACGGCCACCCUGCCAACCCCGAGCACAUCUUCCUCACUGCUGGUGCCUCGGCUGGUGUUUCGCAGAUCCUCGGCCUCGUCCUCAAGCCUGGAGAGGGCUGCAUGAUUCCCAUCCCUCAGUACCCUCUCUACACCGCUACCCUCGCCUACAUCCACGCCAAGCCCGUGCCCUACUACCUCGACGAGGCUACCGGAUGGUCGACCAGCACCGAGGGCCUCAUCCAGGGUGUCAACAAGGCCAAGGCCGACGGCAUCAAGGUCAAGGCUCUUGCCAUCAUCAACCCCGGUAACCCCACUGGCGGUGUCCUGUCGCGCGAGAGCAUGGAGAAGGUUGUCCAGCUCUGCUACGACGAGGGCAUUGUCCUCCUCGCCGACGAGGUCUACCAGCGCAACAUCUUUGACCCCAAGGACCGCCCCUUCAUCUCGUUCAAGGAGGUUGUCCGCUCCAUGCCCAAGGAGGUUGCCAACUCGGUCGAGCUCGUCUCGUUCCACUCCAUCUCCAAGGGCGUGUCGGGCGAGUGUGGUCGCCGUGGUGGCUACUUCGAGCUCACCAACAUUGCCGAGGACGUCGUUGAGCAGAUCUACAAGAUGGCCUCGGUCACUCUCUGCCCUCCCGUCACUGGCCAGGUCGGUGUUGACCUCCUCGUCGACCCUCCCAAGCCCGGAGACGCCAGCUAUGACCAGUGGCUCGCCGAGACUACCCUCACCCACGACAACCUCCGUGACCGCUCAAAGCUCAUGAGCGAGCGCUUCAACCAGCUCCCCAACAUGUCGUGCCAGCCCGCCGACGGUGCCAUGUACCUCUUCCCCCAGAUCAAGAUCCCUGAGCGCGCCAUUGAGGAGGCCAAGAAGCGCGGAAAGGCUCCUGACGUUAUGUACACCCUCGACCUUCUUGACGCCACUGGUAUCUGCUCGGUCGCUGGUUCGGGCUUCGGCCAGGAGGCUGGCACCUACCACCUUCGUGUCACUGCCCUCUGCCCCGGUGUUGAGGACUAUGUUGGCAAGAUUGAAAAGUUCCACAAGGAGUGGAUCGCCAAGUGGGCGUAAGUGGGCCGUGGGGCACGGCGUGUGGCAUGUACAACCAAGGCGUGGUCGGCAACCAUUUCAUUGUGUGAUAGUAGUAGAGUAAUAAAUCUGAUCUGUCUGGCCCAGUAGAGGUGUAACGCACAGCAAACUCUGAUCUAGUCGGCAGGCAUUUGGAACUCGGGACAAGAGACAAAAGAUGUAUACAAUCACGAGCA